GAAAUCCGAACUCAAAAGUAAGAACUCCGCUGCGAAGGUGACGUCCGCCGUGGACUCGGUCGAACGCUGGCCCCUCUUCCUCCGUCAAAGUCUAUGCCCCUUCCUCUACUCCGUACCACAGACCAUAUCUCUACACAUCCUCUCAUCUCUCAUUUCUGCAGAGAUUUCGCAAUCCCAAGUUUCAGCCUUUGUAAUCUCACUCCCCCAUUCACCCGAUCCAAAUCAAUUCUUCCCCCUCUGAUCCCUAAUUUCGCUAACCCUAACCCACUUUGCUCCUUAAUUCCCUUCUUUUCCUCGUUACAUGGUCGAAUCCUAAACAUUGGAGCUUUCUUUCACUAAUUUAGCUCCCCAGAUGGAUGCAAGCCCAGAAAGAAUGUCUCGGGAUCUGCCCUCGGCCAUUUCUGAUGGUCAUAUGGAGGGUGCUUUUGUAGUUGACCAUUCUAGCCAGCCAUCAGUUUGUUUUCUUUGUAGAAAAAUCCUUGCACCUGAUAAUCAGGCAACUGAUGAUCUUGAAACUACUUCUUUAUGUGGGGAUUGCAAGUUUUUGUUACUUGAAGAUCUUGCUACUCCAGAGCAAUACUCCCGUCGGAGAAGACAUCCUUCUAGAUCAAGAAGGAACAGGCCAAGCAGUUCUGAGUCCAUAGAAAAUCCUUUCUCACAAGAAUUUUCACAUAUGAUUAAUAUGGUGAGGCAGAAUCAAUCCUCUUCUUCUGGGCUUGGGGAUCAAACUCCAGAAGCUGACUUAGCUGCAAGGUCAUUUCAGCACACUAGUUCCUGUAGAACUCCUAUUAGUUCUAGGAGAUGGCGCCGUAUACUUUCUGAUAGUGAAAGUGAUGGUUUUGAUAACCUUGAAUCUCUUUAUGGGGAUAGUGAAUCAAAUAUUAGUUUCAGUAGAUAUAGGGUUUUCCAUGGUGACAGUGACGCGGUUUCUUUUAGUGCCUAUGGAGGGGACUCUGAUGAUGGGCACAGUUUCCUGGAUGGAGAAAUAUUUGUCAAUCCAGAUACUGGAAGUAAUUUUGACAGUGACACUGAUAUUGAUCCAAUGCAUGCUGGUCUGGACCAGUGGAAUUGGGAUAACCCAGAGGAUGGUGAAGGGGAAGAGGAUGGUGAAGGGGAAGAAGAUGGUGAAUGGGAAGAAGCUGAUGCUGAGGAUGACACUCUUGGAUUUACAAUAUCAAGAGCUGGACUGCGAAAUAUGUUUAUUUCAAGUCCAAGUGAAAUAAAUUUUACAGCUAACAAUUUCCCCAGCAGCUUCCAUCACGUUCGAGGUUUUGAACAAGUGCUUGACCACCUUGCUGAGUCUGACAGCUUGAGAAGGGGAGCCCCCCCUGCAUCUGUAUCUUACGUGAACAAUCUGCCUCGAAUAAUUGUGAGUGAGGAACAUGAGAAACAUGAUGGUUUGGUCUGUGCAAUCUGCAAGGAUGUCUUAACUGUGGGGACUGAAGUAAGCAGGCUUCCUUGCUCCCACCUCUAUCACCCUUCCUGUAUCCUGCCUUGGUUGACAGCACGAAAUUCAUGUCCCCUUUGUCGUUAUGAGCUUCCUACUGAUGACAAGGAUUAUGAAGAGGGAAAGCAGCAUGGCAAUGCUCAGUUAGAGAUACCUGAAAUCCGGGAGCAAGAUGCAAGUGAGGAUGGUUAUUCUGAGAACUCUUCUGAAGCAGAAGCAGCUUGCGAACUUGGUCCGAGCACAUCAGGGAGAACAGAGGUCCCAGAUGUUGAUACCACCAUGAAUAGCUCCGUUGGUGACAGUGGAGAUUGGCUUUUUCGGGCUGCGGCUCCUAUUGUUGGUAUUGUGGGUAUCAUUCUUGUGUUAUGGUUAGGCAGAGGGCAAGGAUUGGCAAACCAUUGUAAUCUCCCUACACAUGGUCAGCAUUCAAUUCAAACUUCUAGUCCAUCCCUUCUGAACCAAAGGGGGAACAGGAGCAGGAGAUGGUUUUUCUUCUGAGCGGUUUCAGUAAUCCAGUAGAUAAAUACAAUGACAUGUACUACGAUGGUUGCCCAUUGCUGACUCAUGGUGUUAUUGGCUUCAUGAAUUCCUAUUUGAAUGGUUGUAUUUCACCAUUCUGUUGAGUGCACGUGAGUGCCAACCAUUACCAUCACAUUCUAGUUUUCUACGCUUUAUUGUUUACUGUGAUCGUUUUGAUUGAAUCUUCUUGUUGCAACUUCAUGCAGCAGAAACGAGUGGAAAAUAUUUGUACUUAUGUAGCUUCGUUUUAAGUGGGCAGUGCUUGAGCGAGGUUUUUAGCAAAUCAACUGGAUUUUUAUUUAUUUUUUUAUUAUUGAAUCAAAGCUGACAUGAUUU